GAUCGAAGUGGUGGAAGUGGGAGUCUCGCUGUCUCGAUGCGACAUCCGACAUGACAAGUGGUGAACGACAAGGACCAUCACACGACUACAUCUAAACACACAAUGGCAGCAACGUUAGCGUCGCUGCUGGGCCAGGCCUCCAUCACCGACCACCAUCAAGUGCUCAGCGCAUGCGAAGCCGCUCUUUCCAAAUCAAAGAACGACGUCCAAGCCCAACAGGUCAAGAUUGUCGCGCUACUGAACCUGGACCGCUUCCAAGAUGCCAUUGCUGCUGUAGAGGCUGGUGGAGAGGAGAUCAAGCAAAAGGCGCGCCUGGAGUAUGCCUAUGCGCUGUACAAGAACGGUCAACCCGGCAAGGCUGCAGAAGUCGCCAGACAAGACGCCAGCGAGUCUGACAGAGGUUUGAGACAUGUGGAAGCCCAAGCCAGCUACAGACACCAGGACUUUGAGCGAGCAGCCGAGCUAUACCGCAAGCUUUCAGCGCAGAGAGGAGCAGUUCACAAUGAAGACAUGGAUCUACGCAUCAACACAGGCGCCACAUAUGCUCAACUCGAAUGGGCGGGUCGCGCAUCGGCAGACGCUCCCCAGAAGCCAGCAAGAGAGGACAUGGAGGCAUUUGAGACAGCAUACAACGCUGCAUGUCAGAGCAUUGCGCGUGACGAGCUUGGCCAGGCCGAAGUUCUGCUGAGAAGAGCAAAGGAGUUGUGCGAGGCUUCGGAAAUGGAUCAGGAAGAGAAGGAUGCCGAGAUUGUGCCCAUUUCCAUCCAGCAGCUCUAUGUCUUGAUCCGUCAAGGCAGGCUGGAAGAUGCUCAAUCGCUCGCUGCCACCAUCGACUCCAAGAACGUCCACGCCUUCCACGAUUCGUCAACGCAAUUCAUCGCUCAAACAAACACAGCAGCCACUUCUACAGAAGCCAGCAACCCCUACCUGACACAUCGCACCCUCUACAAGGACCCUUCGAGCAUUCUCCCCGACAAGCCUUUCACUUACCAGAGCGCCGCCAUCCAACGAAACAACUACACUCUCGAUCUGCUCGCCAACAAGUACGACGGCAUCAUCAGAUCUACCGCAAACCUUGCCGCUAAGCCCACCCUCGACUCUGCCACAAACUCCCUUUCUGCAUUUGGCGCUGCCGCUCAUGCCCGUAAUCAGGCCGGCAAGGACGCCUUGAAGACUGUUUUGCCAGUGCUGGAACGCAAGCCUAAUGACAUUGGCCUCCUGCUCGUGUGCACACAACUCUACAUCACCAUCUCCAACCCUGCCGCCGCAAUCUCGUUGCUCGAGAACUUCUUCGCUCGCCUUUCCUCAUCCUCCGAGGCUUCAGCACAAGAUGUUCGUUACGCACCUGGUCUGAUCGGCGUCUUGGUUUCCCUCUAUACCUCCCGCGGUCAACUCAGCCACGCACGAUCGGAACUAGCAAAGGCAGCAAGAUACUGGCGUCAACAUUCCAAUCCUCCGAUUUCAGCAAGAUCUUCGGGCCAUCUCUACAAGUCAGCCGGCGCAUUGUUGCUUGACUCCUCCGUACCAGCUGACCAACAACUUGCCGCCGAACUCUUUACCUUCUUGCACGAAAAAGACGCUUCAGACCGCUACGCAGCCGCCGGUCUUGUUGCCGCUCUCGCCCGCGCAAACCCCUCCGCCAUUGAUGCCGAAAAGCUGUCCACCCUGACACCAUUAGACCGCCUCAUCUCAAGCAUCGACGUCUCCGCCCUCGAAUCCGCCGGCGUCGCAAAAUCCACACCCACCGUCACCUCCACAUCCACGAAACGCGCAGCCCCUGAUCCAACACCCACCACCAAGCCCAAAGCGAAGAAACUCAAGAAGAGCAAAACGCCAAAGGACUUUGACCCGAGCAAGAAGAUGGAUCCGGAGAGAUGGUUGCCUAUCAAGGAUAGGAGCUCGUAUAGACCAAAGGGUAAGAAGGGAAAAGCUAGACAGGCUAUGUUUAUGCAGGGAGGUGCUGUUGCUGAGGACAGCGGUGCUGGGUCUGGGGCCAGUACGCCUGCUGCUCAGGUUGUGGAAGCCAAAGGUGGUAAGAGUAAGGGAAAGAAGAAGGGCAAGGGUGGGAAGUGGUAGAUAUGACUUCUGCAUGUUUUGAGAAAGAGUAAAAAACGGAAAGCAAGCGAAGAAAAACAGAUUCAAAAGGGGGGCCUUUAGAGAACAUGU